AUGCCAGUCCAAAUCCACCUCGUCCGCCACGCCCAGGGUUUCCACAACCUCUCCCUCGAAAAUGAAGCCCUCCGCGACCCCCUCCUCACGGAAAAGGGAAAACAGCAGUGCGCCGACCUCCGCGCCGCCUUCCCCCACCACGACCGCAUCACCCACCUCGUCGCCAGCCCCCUCCGCCGGACCCUCUACACCUGUCUCCUGGGCUUCGGCCCCUCUGACCCCUCCUCUCCCGAGUCCGGAAGCAAGUCCCUCAAGGUCCUCGCCCUGCCCGAGGUACAAGAAGUCUCCGACGCGCCGUGCGACACCGGCUCGGCCGUCAAGGACAUCGAGGCCGAGUUCGCCGGCCGCGUGGAUUUCAGCAGGGUGCCCGAGGACUGGAUCGACAAGGCCGGCCCCGACUCGAGAUGGGAGCCGACGCUGGAGAAGCUGGAGGCGAGGUCUGCCGAGGCGAGGAGGGCGCUGAGGGAGCUCGUGGGCGGGGACGUGUCCGGGGACGCGCAGGUCGUGGUCGUCACGCACGGCGGCAUCUUGCACUUUUUGACGGAUGAUUGGUAUGGGAUUGCUCCCAAGAAGGCAACUGGCUGGGAGAACACCGAGUACAGAUCGUACGAAUUCGCAGACGCCACGGGACAGGACCCCAAGGCCCUCCUCAAGGAGACGCAGGAGAGCUGGCAACGUCGCAAGGGCGAGGAUACCCGCCCGACGCCCGAGCAACAGGCCGAGCUCCGCCAAACCUUCUAUCGUGAGAUGGAACCGUAUCUCAAGUAUAGCCCCGAGAGAGGCUGGAUGCAGUAA